AUGCCGACCGCCCUGGUAUUCGCCUCGACUUUUUUUUUCACCGCUCGGGGUGCACAGAUGCAACGUACACCACUAGGAAUGCUCAGAUCAUUGAUGAACCAGCUUUUCGACCGCGAUCCAACUGUACGUCCUCAGAUACGUGAGAAAUACGACCGGCGAUGUAAGCAGUUUGGGUAUGGCAAACGUCAGUGGGAAUGGCCACAGGUGAUGCUAGAAGAAUUACUAGCAAGUGCCAUUCUAGCAUCAGCCAACCAACAGCACGUGAUGGUUUUUGUGGAUGCUCUUGACGAGGCCGGGGCUAAAUCUGCUCAGCAGCUGGCAGAAUAUUUUCAUCGCCUCGUCGAUCACGCCGAGAAAAUGAAACUAUGCAUCCAAGUUUGUAUCUCAUGUCGACACUAUCCUAUCAUGGAAAGUGGACAGGCUAUAGAGAUAAAGGUGGAAGAUCAUAAUCAGCAAGACAUUGCCACAUAUGUCCAAGACAAACUUGUGAAGACAGAGGCCAAAGACAACGCCAGCCAGAAGAUGAGGGAAAUGCUAGUCGAGCAGUUAACCCAGCAAGCGAAUGGAGUUUUCCAAUGGGUUCAUAUUAUGAUUCCCCUCAUCGAGCGGAAAGUUCGUGAAGGAGAAUCGUUUGACGACAUCUGUUGCUGGUUACGCGAGGUCCCAGCUGACCUGGAAGAUGUUUACACGUAUAUUCUGAACGACGUGAUAGAGAAGAGAAACCGCGAGCAGUCAUUUGUCUUCUUUCAAUGGGUAUGUCUGGCUGAGCGACCUCUAACUGUGACCGAGAUGCGAUAUGCUCUCGUGGCUAUGAAUGUGCGGGAACCGCUGUCUCCGAAGAAAUGGGAAAGAAUCUCCGGUUUCAUCAAAAGCAACGAAAAAAUGCUGUCAAGAAUCAAGGCUCUUUCCGGCGGACUAGCCGAAGUCGUCCCAAGCGGGGAUAAGAAUGAGACUGUACAGGUAGUACACCAGUCAGUUAAUGAUUUCUUGCGCAAAAAAGGGCUUCAAGCUUUGUGUCAUAAUAUCGGCAUGAGCAUGUCGUCCAUGAACGAGAAUACGAUUCUUUCUCAUUGCCAGGCAACUCUCUACCGAUCGUGCUUAGUGUAUCUUGCAACAGUUCAUAUACUGGCAGGAACCAGCGGGCUCAAAGGAACUAAAGAGGGCCUUAUCCAAGAAUAUUCGUUGAUUCAUUAUGCCACUACGAACCUAUUUAUUCAUGCGGAAAAAGCUGCUGAGAUUCGUUCCGAUGUUCUACAGGAUGAGAAAGAGAUUCUACAACGAGUGCUCAGUUUUUGGGUCGGGAGUUACCAGAAACUAGAUGAGUAUAACGGACUAUGCCCACCAAGAGGCACAACACUGUUACAUAUGGCUGCCGCUGCCAACCUAAAGGAUCUCAUCGAGCCUGUGGUGUCGGAUAUUCAGGAUGUCGCUAUAAGGAACACAGAUGGAGAUACAGCGUUACACUUGGCAGCCCGAGGGGGUCAUGUCACGGCCGGCAAAAUACUCCGGAGGAAGGGAGCCGACCAAGAGGCCAAGAGUCACAACGGCAAGACACCAUUAUAUGAGGCAGCCAGUGGUGGAUAUACAUACUUUGUCAAAUGGCUCCUUGAGGAGGGCGUGAAUGUGGAAAUAGGAGGGAGUCGAGGUGCGCUACAAGCAGCUUCUCUUGGAGGCUAUGAGGGCCUUGUGGGGAUAUUGCUUCAAGCUGGCGCCGAUGUCAACGCCCAGGAUGGUCAAUACGGCAACGCCUUACAGGCCGCUGCAUGGAGAGGAAGCCCUGAGACAGUGCAGAUACUGCUCGAAGCUGGCGCCGAUGUCAACGCCCAGGGUGGUGAAUAUGGCAACGCCCUACAGGCUGCUGCAUACAGGGAAAGCAGUGAGAUCGUGCAAAUGCUUCUCAACGCUGGCGCCGAUGUCAACGUCCAGGGUGGUCAAUACGACAACGCCCUACAGGCUGCUGCAUACGGGGAGAGCAGUGAGACGGUGCAAAUGCUUCUCAACGCUGGCGCCGAUGUCAACGUCCAGGGUGGUCAAUACGGCAACGCCCUACAGGCUGCUGCAUACGGGGAGAGCAGUGAGACGGUGCAAAUGCUUCUCAACGCUGGCGCCGAUGUCAACGUCCAGGGUGGUCAAUACGGCAACGCCCUACAGGCCGCUGCACAUGAUGGAAGACCUGAGAAAGUGCAGAUACUGCUCGAAGCUGGCGCCGAUGUCAACGCCCAGGGUGGUGAAUAUGGCAAUGCCCUACAGGCUGCUGCAUACAGGGAAAGCAGUGAGACGGUGCAGAUACUGCUCGGAGCUGGCGCCGAUGUCAACGCCCAGGGUGGUGAAUAUGGCAAUGCCCUACAGGCUGCUGCAUACAGGGAAAGCAGUGAGACGGUGCAGAUACUGCUCGGAGCUGGCGCCGAUGUCAACGCCCAGGGUGGUGAAUAUGGCAACGCCCUACAGGCCGCUGCAUGUGAUGGAAGCCCUGAGAAAGUGCAGAUACUGCUCGAAGCUGGCGCCGAUGUCAACGCUCGAGGUGGUGAAUAUGGAUCAUCUCUCUUGGCGGCUAUUCAUGAGGGCUAUGCUGAUGAAGUUCAAAUCCUUCUUCGUGCCGGAGCAGAUUCUCUGUUAAAAGAUAAACUUGGCCGCACUCCUCUUCAUAUUGCCGCUUCAAAGAACAUGCUCCAUAUUUUCCGUUUGUUUCCACAACUAGCGUCAGCCCUCAAUAACUAUAGCGACUUCCUACAAACUCCCCUCCACCUGGCAGUUUGUCAUGGUCACAUUCGUUUCGCUAUUGCCCUUCUCAAUUCUGGUGCUGAUCCGUCACUUCCAGAUGGUUAUGGUCGACAUAUCAUGGACUUGGCAUCCGAUCACGAAACCCUACUGCAGGAAAUACAUUGUAAUCACUGCUCUGAUUUGGUGUUGACGCCUCCUGAUACUCAAGAGGUGACUGUUCAUCGAUCAGUACUUAAACUCAUCGAGGCAUUUCCAUAUUCCAAAUCCAAGUCCUCAUGGCUCAUUCUACAACAAUUAGGCCGCUAUUUUUUGUUUCUUGGCCAAUUCAACAACGCGCGCUAUCUGUUCCAGCUUCAUCUACGUCAGGGUGUUUCCUCCAAAACGGAUAUCUGUCAGAUCUCCUGCAAUAUGUGCAACCGGAUUAUCACCGGGACUCGCUUUAAGACUCCCAAUUCACCGGGGUACUUUCAGAGCGAUUGA